AUGGCUGCUAGGUGAGAUGAGCGGAUGGGCCGCAUCCUUUGAGAGUGAGGCGCUUCCAGCGAAAGGACCGUUAACUCGGGUGGUGCCGAGUUAAAAUGGUCGAUAUCCGACCCGAAAAGCAUCCCGAAACCGUUGUACAUAUUUCGAACAUCGUCCUUCAAAUAUUAGCUGUUUCACCUGGAUCGUGUUUCCUGCAUUCCCGUCUGAGCAGCAGAGAGUGCACCCACUGUUAACAUCCCGUCUUAGUGGCCAGUUCUGCCUGCCGAUCAGAGGUUAAGCUGAGGCCAUGGCAGUGAAAGACCGCGUUGAGGCGGUGCUCAAUGUGGGUCUGCGUGUUCCCAGCAUCAUGCUGCUGGAUGUCCUGUACCGCUGGGAUGUCAGCUCCUUCUUCCAGAAGAUCCAGCGUUCCAGCCUCUCCAACAAUCCCCUGUUCCAGUACAAAUACCUGGCACUCUACCUACACUACGUAGGUUACAUCCUGAGCUUGGUACUCCUGACUCUGCCUCGACAGCACCUGGUUAAACUCUACCUGUAUGUCCUUACGGCCCUCCUGCUGUUUGCUGGUCACCAAGUCUCAAGGGAUUAUGUCCGAAGUGAACUGGAGUCUGGCUAUGAAGGACCUGUCUACCUGGAACCUCUAUCCAUGAACAGAUUCACCACUGCACUCAUAGGUCAGCUGGUGGUGUGUACGCUUUGUUCCUGUGUGAUGCAGACCAAGAGGAUUUGGCUUUUCUCUGCUCACCUUCUCCCUUUGGUGGCCAGACUGUGUUUGGUCCCACUGGAGACCAUUGUCUUCAUCAAUAAGUUCUCCAUGAUCUUCACGGGCCUGGAAGUCAUUUACUUCCUGGCUUCUAACUUACUGGUACCAUAUAACCUGGCAAAGACAGCCUACAGGGAGCUGGCUCAGGUGGUGGAGGUGUAUGGGCUGCUAGCUUUGGGUAUGUCUCUAUGGAACCAACUGGUCCUUCCAGUUCUCUUCAUGUGUUUCUGGCUGCUGCUGUUCGCUCUUCAGAUCUACUCUUACUUCAGCACCAGAGACCAGCCUACCUCAAGGGAGAGGCUGCUUUUCCUCUUUCUUACCAGUAUUGCAGAAUGUUGUAGUACACCAUACUCCCUGCUGGGUCUGGUUUUUACUGUCUCCUUCAUCGCCCUGGGGGUUCUCACGCUCUGCAAAUUCUACCUACAAGGGUACAGAGCUUUUAUGAAUGACAACACCAUGCACAGGGGGAUGACAGAAGGCAUCACCCUGCUGAUCCUCGCUGUCCAGACUGGCCUCAUCGAGCUGCAGGUCAUCCACCGAGCCUUCCUCCUCUCCAUCAUCCUCUUCAUUGUUGUUGCUUCCAUCCUGCAGUCCAUGCUGGAGAUAGCAGACCCCAUAGUCCUGGCUCUGGGAGCAUCCAGAGACAAGAGUUUGUGGAAGCACUUCAGAGCAGUGUCUCUGUGUUUGUUCCUGCUGAUCUUUCCAGCCUACAUGGCCUAUAUGAUCUGUCAGUUCUUCCACAUGGACUUCUGGCUUCUCAUCAUCAUUUCUUCAUCCAUCCUCACCUCACUGCAGGUUCUUGGCACUCUGCUGAUCUACGUUCUCUUCAUGGUGGAGGAGUUUCGUAAGGCUCCGGUAGAGAACAUGGAUGAAGUUAUCUACUGUGUCAACGGGACUUAUCGGUUGCUGGAGUUCCUGGUUGCAGUGUGUGUGGUGUGCUAUGGCGUGUCAGAGACAGUGUUCGGGGAGUGGAGUGUGAUGGGAAGCACCAUCAUCCUGGUCCACUCGUACUAUAAUGUCUGGCUCAGAGCCCAGCUGGGCUGGCAGAGCUUCCUGCUCAGGAGAGAUGCUGUAAACAAGAUCAAAAGCCUACCCACAGCUAGCAACACACAGCUGGAACAGUACAACGACAUCUGUGCCAUCUGCUACCAGGACAUGAACACAGCUGUGAUCACUCCCUGCAGUCAUUUCUUCCACGCUGGCUGUCUGAAGAAAUGGCUUUAUGUCCAGGAGACAUGUCCUCUUUGCCACUCGCAACUCAAGAGCCAAUCACCAACUGCUAGUGUUCCCAACCAAGACACUCCUGCGGCCAAUCAGGGCCCUGCUGGGCAGGAAGAAGCCACAGCCAAUAACAAGCAGAAAGAUGGUGCUCCUCCAGAUGGUAGGAAGGAGGAGGGAACAGGAGAGCAGGAGUGUGAAAAAGGACCUGGCAUGUCAGCUGGAGAAACGUCUUCUUCUUCCUCUGGUGCACCCUCAUCUCCCCAGCACCUUGUCAAGACUCCAUCAUCAUCAUCAUCAUCAUCAUCGUCAUCAUCAUCUUCUUCCCAACCUGUGAAUGAUUCUCUGCAGAACCAGUGGUCCACAGAUCAUCCCUCUUUGUCUUCCUCCUCUUCCUCUGACACGUUGGACAUACCCUGCUCUUCUCACACCUCCACUCCUCACAUCUCUCACCACUCGUCCUCACAGUUACAGGCCCAGGCAGAGAUGAUCCCUGCUCAACCUGAAUCUGCCCUAGCCUCCCCACUGGACAACCAGGGGUCAUCUUCUAGUCCAUCAUCACAGCCUGAUGAGGCCACUUACUCAUCUGAGGAACCGUCUCCUCCUCCAUGCAGCCUCUGAACCCUAUCGUAACACACACAGCAUACAUGCAUGCACAUAUAAUCACUCAAUCUGCUGUCUGUAUUCUACUUGUCCAGCAGUUGGCUAUCCCAUCAUGUCAGAAAUUCAGCUCUAAACUCCUUCAUAUCCAUUUUGAGAGAAAAAAAAAGUACAGAACAAUCUCUAAGCAGAUAUUCAUCACUCCGCAUCAUGAAAAUUUACAGAUGAAUCCCACUUCACAAUAUGUUGCCAUUUUUAGGCAAUUAUCUUGAACAGUUAAUAUAAAUAUGUCUAAUGAGUUCAAUUCAUGCCAGCAAUGAUUUCAUCAGGGUGGGCAUAACUUUGUUCACAUCUUUUUUAUUUUUUGGGGGGGGGGGGGUUGAUGAUUCAGAAAAAUGGGAAAGCAGUAAUCUCAUCUCAAAAAUAACUGGGAGAUCCUACAUCAUGUCCAUGAAAUGUGAAAUCCUGAAUGAAACUGAAGUAUCACAUCAGUUAUUUUUGCUGUCUCCUACAUUUUUACGUUGAUAUGAGAGACACGCUGACAUUUCCCAAAUCAUGCUUUUGUCCUUCUCAUUUCAAUCCCAGACAUUUCAUGUGAUGGUUGCUCCCAUCCUGCCUUUGUUUGUGCAGCUUCACUCUCAUUGCUGCACAUUUCAUAGUGUUUGGGUUUUCGCUGUAGUCCUGUAUGUGCCAUGAUCUCAUGGGGAACGAGUCAGAAGUUUGGAAAGCCUUGACAGACUGUCGAUAACUGAUGGUUGCAUUUUAAACAGUGACCAGGUCUUAACAUUUUUCAUAUUCUACAAAUUUUAUCCAUCAGUUUAGAUAAAGAUUUUUGGGUUUCGCUGUUGAAUGACAGUAGGUGUGUGUAUUAGUGAAUACUAAGCAUUAACAGACUGAAUGUUGUUUCUUGAGGCCAUCACAUGACCUGAAGCCUGGUGCUAAGCAGAGGAUACAUGGUGUGGUCUAGUCAAGUGUCUCAGUGUGAACAAAUCAGUGGGUUCACAUGGAAUAACUAAAUCAUUUCAUGUGUCAAGCCUUCUCUAUUAUACUGCUUCAAUAUUUGAAUCGAACUUGUUUGGCUGGUCCCAGCAAAAACAGUUGCACUCCUCAUCGCCAAACUUUUGUAUUAUUGUUAAAGAGUUGUUCUUUUUAAGGUAAUUUUUACAUUACUGCUUUAUUGGACAAAAUGCAGUGUAGAUGGACUGAAAGAGUGGAGGGAGAUAAAAUAUUAACAGAGGGCACAGGUUAUUUAUUUUUUGGUUUUUUUUUUUUUUUUUUCAGCAUUGUUAUAAUGUGGAGUUUAACUCUGCCCACAGAGCAUGGUACGCACAUCUGCGCUCAUCCUCCCCGCACAUACACGCACUCUCUUUGAACCAGUCCAUCCCAAGUUUGCCAUCGGUCCAGCAGUUGUUGAGACUCUUUCAUGGCAGGAGCCAGUCACCUCGCUCUGUCCAAUCACAUUCAAGCACCCAGUGUUUUCUAAGACCAUCAUUAUCCUCCUGCUGCUCAGUCACUUCACUCCAUGAAAUGUUACUACCAGCAAAUUGAGCUGUUUGAGAGUUUGUUUGUUUGUUUAUUUCCACACAUGCUAGCACGCACAUACACACACUCUCAGUCAGCUCCCGUGCUUAGCAAAUGGGGCAGGAUGGUGAGAGGUGUGUGUAUGUUGAAAAGUCUGAGUGUUUAAUUGAAAGACUAAAACUUGAGAAUGCUGAGUCCUGAUGCACGCUUAUAUGUAGAGCUUGCACGCUGCCACUGUUACCAUAGCAUUUAUUUGUUUGUCCCCAAUGUGCUCUAACCUUGCUACCAGAGUUUUCUGCCAUUUAUCUGUUAGUUUUUUUUCUUUUUUGAGUUGCAUUUGCACUAAUGUCAUUUAUACUAGCAAUGCUCCAAAGCUGUUCUGUGGCUGUCAGCAACCAAAUACCCUCUGAUGUGUUUGUGUACGAGGAAACAGCCCAACCCUUUUGUGUGUAAUGUAUAUAAAUGUUGCUCUGUACGGCUUCUAUAUUAAACCAGAGGAGUGUUGUUAUAUAAACAAGAUCAGGGCUUGAGUUCUCAAAAGCUUCCCAGCGGUUCAGUGUCCUUUGUUUCUUUUCUUGCCUGUGAACAAAGACAAACUUCUGACUAAGAAGCUUUUGGGAAACCAAGCCUUCUGGUCUGUGAGACCAGCCAGUGUUGCUGCCUCUCCAGUCUGUAUGACGCGUCCUCAAGCUGGUGUGAUCACUCUGGUGCCCUCUACUGUUAGGAGUGGGAUCAGCAUGACGCAGACGGACAGGAGAUGCACUAGUUAACCCUCAACAGUAUUACUUGCUACCACUAUUACUAAAGGUCUUAUUACUAUGAGCUAUGACUUUAUUCUUGACAUUGAAAAGCAUUGGCUGCAGGGCUGAGAAUGAAUACAUGAUCAAUGUAGGAUCAAACCUGGCCAACGCUGUUUAACUGUUUGUGUUUAAUUUUUUUUUUUUUUUCAGAGAUGAAAUGUUUGAUGUAUUUUGCACAUGUUCCUCUGAAAGGUGAACAUAAGGACUUUCUGUAUUCUUCAAUGACUCCUCUUUUUAUGAUUAGCUCCAUUCCUUAGCACUUGAAAUGGUUACAAAGAUUUAAACAGCUUCAUACACAUCUGGUUUUCAUUGUGGAGCAUUAGACAUUGUGUCCAGCAGAGACACCACCCGCAGGAUAAAAUGUCAAAUGCUCAACAAGGUGAUAACUGUCAUUGGCAACUGUAUGUGAAUUUGCAAGCAAUAAAUACCUGGAAGAGAAGCCUGUCAGCUGUCGAUUCCAGAUAUAUUUGUUUACACUCCAUGUUGGAGAAACUGCAGUUGUUGCAGUCUCUCUAACGUCAAAUGUUUUAAGGCAGUCUAAACUCCAAAAUUAAUAUUUGAUUGUAUAACCUAUUCAUCUGAUAACUAGGGGGAAAAAAACGAAUGGACAUUCAGUAUUUUUCUUUGAAUCUUUAAAUGCAAUGUCUGCAUUCCAGUGCAUGUCUGAGAUUUCAGCUGUGGGACUGACCUGAUGUGAAAUGCAUCCAGCGACUGUUUAAGCUAUUUGUCUGUGAGCUAAAGUGCCAAACAAAUGCAUCAAGCCUUCACUGCUGCUCUUCACAUUGAACAACAUCAAUUUUACAUUCCUCCCCCUCUACCUUCCCAGGAGCUUUAGUGAGUAUUAAGAUUGUGGAACAGUAUUUCCCAUCAAUUCUUGCACUGCAUAUGUAAGUUAAUAUUAUUCUUUUAUUAUUUCUCUUGAUUGACUUGCCACAACAGAGAUAGUUUAAUUUGUAAUUUUCUCCAUUGAAUUUGGUUGACUAACCAGAGGAAAGCUGAAGUCCCUGAAAUCAAUCUCACAUCUGAAAUCCCAGAUGUUUCUGAGACAACUUACUACGGUCUUUUGCAAAGUCAUUACUGUAUUACGUCAACAUGUAAGCAAAUGUGGAAAUGGAAUCUGUAGCUACCCUGAGCACUCUGACCACGUACUUAUUUUCUGGAUGGAUUUUGGAAAGAAAAGCGUUAGCACUGCUGUUCAAAACUGUUGCCUCUGACUGACAGAUGUGUUGAGAUUUACCUCAGACUGAGACUCCCUACAUAUUUUUUUUUUUCUUCUGAUAAGUUUUUCCACACAAACUUAGGACCUGCUCUGUAAAACCUGACUCUGAAUGCCAGUUGUGUUCUGUUAAACUGCUCCACGGUUGGUUUUGGAUUUUAUGCCUGGCAUUGCCUUGGUUAUUUUACAAAAAUUGAAUGUCAGAAAUAAAACGAACCAUCC